CGGUGCCCCGCGCCCCGCGCCGCCCUGGGCCUGCUCCGAGCCUCGGGCGUCGGGCUCCGAAUCGGCCUGCCCGGGCAAGAUGGCCUCAUGAACCCAGAGGAUGUCCGGGAAGCACUACAAGGGUCCUGAAGUCAGUUGUUGCAUCAAAUACUUCAUCUUCGGCUUCAAUGUCAUAUUCUGGUUUUUGGGAAUAACAUUUCUUGGAAUUGGACUGUGGGCGUGGAACGAAAAAGGAGUUCUGUCCAACAUUUCUUCCAUCACCGAUCUCGGCGGCUUUGACCCAGUUUGGCUCUUCCUUGUGGUGGGAGGAGUGAUGUUCAUUUUGGGAUUUGCAGGGUGCAUCGGAGCGCUCCGGGAAAACACUUUCCUCCUCAAGUUUUUUUCCGUGUUCCUGGGGAUUAUUUUCUUCCUGGAGCUCACUGCUGGAGUUCUGGCAUUUGUCUUCAAAGACUGGAUCAAAGACCAGCUGUAUUUCUUUAUAAACAACAACAUCAGAGCGUACAGGGAUGACAUUGAUUUGCAAAACCUCAUAGACUUCACCCAGGAAUAUUGGCAGUGCUGUGGGGCUUUUGGAGCUGAUGAUUGGAACCUAAAUAUUUACUUCAAUUGCACAGAUUCCAACGCAAGCCGAGAGCGAUGCGGCGUGCCAUUCUCCUGCUGCACUAAAGACCCCGCGGAAGAUGUCAUCAACACGCAGUGUGGCUAUGAUGCCAGGCAAAAACCAGAGGUGGACCAGCAGAUUGUCAUCUACACGAAAGGCUGUGUGCCCCAGUUUGAGAAGUGGCUGCAGGACAAUUUAACCAUCGUGGCUGGCAUCUUCAUAGGCAUCGCGCUGCUGCAGAUUUUUGGGAUAUGCCUGGCCCAGAACCUGGUUAGUGACAUCGAGGCUGUCAGGGCCAGCUGGUAGGCGCCCUGUCGCAGCCGCCGCAAGACACUGGACACACCCAGCCUCCCUGACCCUCCCGCGUGCCCAGCUGCGCGGCAGGGACCUGUCACCCGGCGUCCUGCCAUCUCACCUAACGGAGCUGCCGAGAACUUGGUUUUUUGAGGGGGGUAAAACUGGGAAAUGCUGCUCACUGACAGAAUUUUUUUUUAAAAAAAUAACCCGUCUGAAAGUCUUUGCGCCGUUGAAUCUCUACUGUGGCCGUGAACUCACGGGUGGCUGGACACUCGCCAAAAACGACCGGAAGGGAGGGUGGGGGCCUCAGACGUACUUGAAUUUGUGGAAAAUGCAGUCCUGUCCUCCGCUGCAGUAAGCCAACGGCCGGAAGAGGCAGUCUCGCUCCUCGCCACACCUGGGGGGACUGUCCCCGCCGCCCGGGCGGGCGGUGGCGUGUUGGCGUCCCCCGUGGACCUUUCAGGACACUCUUCAGCUGUCGUUUGAAGAGGAAAACAGCUCGUCUUUGGGGUCUGGAGUUUGUCGUCGUAUUUACCAGGUGACUCGGUGGGCACCCUUGGUCUGUCGGAGCUUCCCCUCGAGAGAGGAGUGUGUUCCCCGCACGCUGAGCGGGGCGUCGGAAGACUUGGAGCUGCUGCAUUUAGCAGGACUGAUCUUUUCUUCUAAGUAGGCCUGAGCUUUAUUUAUCACUGAAAUCCAAGGAGAAAAUGAGGUUAAUGAAGAGAGGCAUUAGUUCAACACUCCCUUAUCCCCACCCCGCCAAACUAGCUGUUGGAUUUUUGGAAACUCUGGCUCGUUUUGUUUUGCUUGUUUUCUUUUGUUUUUGUUUUUUUCCUUUCUUCCAAAGGCAAAAGCUAUGAUACAGUUCCUCUUAAAUUUUAAAGUGUUUUCUUAGCUCGAAUAUUAAUUUUCAGUGUCAUCGUAACCUGCAUGACGUGUGACCCUGAAUCCAUCGUCUCCCUUUCCUGCCAUCUUCCCAGCACACGUUCAGACGUGUUACGCGGUCACAUUUAUCUCCUAGGUUCACGGCCAGUGGGGGGGCUGUGGCGUGUCCUCCCGCCUGGCCCGGCUGUGCGUGGCAGACAGUGCCACCGCGGGCUGGACACAGCGGCCUGUCCCGCGCCCGCCCCCUUCUUUGUCUUGAAUGGGACCGGACCCGAUUGCAAACAACGUUGACACGGUCACACAGCUUCUCAUGGAGUUUUCUUCUUCCUCUUCUUCCAGUCUUAGUUCGCUUUUAUUAAAAGAGAAAGCAGUGCAUGGCCCGUGCUCGCUCUGUCCUUCACUGCGGACUGAUUAGCAUCAGGAUGGCGUCAAAGCACAAAUACUUUGGGAGGGGGUGCGUUGGCCCGGGUACGUGUCCCGUGACCCACGGUGGGAAGCCACUUCCAGGUGCUGCCGUCUCUGCCCCCCCUUGAGGUGGGGAGGACGAGUUUUGCCCCCCAGAUUUUAAUCCAACUGUGUCCACCGAUGUCACUCUCCCGGGGAGCAGACAGCAGCCUGUGGGACGCUGGGGAAAGCACAGGCAUGUCUCACAGGUGACACACUGGCCAGCACACACCUGGGCAGCAGCUAGCGUAGCUCGUGGAAACAUCGCCAGCUUUUCCGUCUCAGCCGCGUGUGGCAUCCUGGCGGCUGAUGAGUGUGUCCGUCUGCCCCGAGGGGACAGAGGUCUCAGGCCUUGUCCCACGGCAGGGCGUGUCCGGGCCGCGUGCAGGCAGAGGGGCCGUGCCCACUGCGGCCGUGGCUUGUCUCGCCUCAUCCCUCCCCCCACGGUUGUCGUCCUGUCUCGUCCUGCCCUCCACACGGCACGUUUGUCCGUCUUGUCCGUUCCCUCGUUGUCCAGCGAGCUGCAUCCGACCCGCUGAUGCGGGAUCAGGCGGGACCCCCCCUUGGGCGCGUCUAGCGAAAGGCUGAACAGCAAGUCCCAGUGAGUUUGAGAUCUCAAUUAAUCACCCUUUAUUUUUUACACUCGAGAGUGGUUGUAAUAAAGGCUGUCAUUAAUAAAUUCGGUUCUACCUUCCA